UCCCCAUCACAGCUCCUUCACAUAAUGAAGCAGACUAUCAAAAUGUUAAAGACUGCAUCAUAGUUAAACAUCUGUCAUUCUCUGCACUGUCAUGAUCAUAUGUGAUGCUGGAUACAUUAUUUCCAAUGUGGAGGCCAAGUGGCCUGGGUCUCUUCAUGACUCAAGGAUUUAUCGCGAGUCUAACCUGAGCAACAGACUGCAACGUGGAGAGUUUGAUGGCCUUCUGCUGGGUGACAGGGGUUACCCAUGCCAACCCAGGCUGCUGACCCCUUACCCUGACCCUGAACCAGGCCCCAAACAGAACUUCAAUCGGGCUCACUGCAGGACGAGAGCCCGGGUGAAGAUUACCAUAGGCCUGCUGAAAGCCCGUUUCCAGUGCCUACGUCACCUGAGGGUGACCCCUGCGAGGGCCUGUGAUAUUAUUGUGGCUUGUGUUGGUCUUCAUAAUAUUGUUACUAUUAGAGGAGAGCAACAACCUGCCCUACAAAUGGACAACCCUGACGAUGACCCCUUCCACCUGCCAGCUAUGCAGGAUGGCAGAGCAGUCAGAGACACCAUAUGCCAUAAUCAUUUCCGAGAUGAAGUCACCAUCAUCACCACCACUACCACCACAGCAGUCAAAUAAAUCAAUAAUACACAUUUCAUUUGGUCUUUUUUAUUUCCUACAAAUACAAGAGCUUGUUUAGUUCAUGUUCGAAUUGUUAAUAUAAUUAACAUUGUUCACCAUGCAACUACCUCUAACUUGU